UGAAACUAUGAAAGUUAGAACGCGCAGAGUUCUUUUUCAUUCGUUCUCCCGCGGCGUUAAAACGACGACAUCUCCUUCUUCGCAGCAAUAUAGGUAGAGAAGUUAAGAAAUCUGUUUGAAUUUAGGUUUUUAGUCGAUUCAGUUAGGUAAGAUGGAGGUCGAAGUGGUGAAUUCGGAGAUGUUGCUGCCGCCUGUUUUUCCAUUCAAGAAGGUGCAGAUGGGUGACAAAUACCCUAAAGGACACGCUCGAGGUCGCCACUGGAAGCACCUUAAGCAGAUCCUCCAGUCCGAGAACUACCAUUCAGGCCCCGUGGACGCACCCAACUAUUUAAAUAUUGAGACUCCUCCUUCGCUGUAUCCGUCAAAGAAAUUCUGCGACAUAACAGGCUUUGAGGCACUCUACAUGGAUCCUAGAACAAACCUUCGUUAUGCAAACCCAGAAGUUUUUAAGCGCAUCAGAAUGCUUCCAAAUGAGUAUGUCCAAAGAUAUCUGUCCCUGAGAAAUGCUGCGGUCAUAUUGAGGUAGCUUCUUCUCUUGAACAGAGAGACAUUUGGGUAUGCAUACGACGAAUAUCUUAUACAAAUUGUGGAAGCUGAAGAAGGAAUUUCUCAUUGAAUUGUGACGGUUAUCCAUUUGGAAGGGCUUUAUGUCUGAUACAACAUAAACUUACUCUUAUAUAUGUAAUACGGCCAUUAUUAUCAGUUUAUUUAAGCUGUUUGAACCUGAAAAUAUUGGCUAGUGAAGGAUAUUGAUGAACUCAUCCAACUUUGUAAGAAUGAUAUUGAUGAACUCAUCCAAUUGUAAGGAUGUCCACCAAUGACAAUAUUAGCUAAUGAGAAAAAAAAUUAUGUUUGAAA